CGGCUAAUCGAUGAGCGCUGUGAUAAGCGAAAUUCUUAUGUUUAAUGACAUCUUCGAGACAAGAGCUUUCAGUAGAGCGUUUACCAGCUUGGUGCGAGGAUAAAAGCGCGCAAAAUGGCUGCACACAAAAGAGAUGACAGCCAGAUGAAUAUCAUUCUUUCAACAAAAGCACACGCGUUUUCUGUCGCAUCUCUUAUAUCGCCUGAAGAUGAAGAUGGCAACAAUCUUCGGGAUUUUGCGUAUUCCACUUCAAAUGCUGAUGUUCCUGAUCUUGCUACGUCGGCUCUCGGCUCCAUGCAAGCAAUGCAAAACAGGAUGCCAUUGAGCGUCGAAAGAUCGCUCGAAGAUAUAAAAGUCGAGUUACAGAUGAAAGACCUUUGGCAUCGAUUUCACGAGCUUGGCACAGAAAUGAUCAUCACAAAAGCUGGACGUCGCAUGUUUCCUGCAAUGCGAAUAAAGAUCGGGGGUAUGGACCCGAAAGCGCAAUAUAUUCUAAUUUUGGACGUCGUUCCAGUGGAUAGCAAGCGGUACAGGUACGCGUAUCAUAGUUCCAAAUGGAUGAUCGCUGGUAACGCGGACGCUCCAAUGCCCGGGCGAGUUUAUAUUCAUCCAGAUUCACCAGCUUCAGGCGAGGAAUGGAUGAGACAGGUUGUGUCCUUUGAUAAAGUUAAACUCACUAACAAUGAGUUGGAUCAACAAGGACAUAUUAUUCUUCACUCGAUGCACAAAUAUCAACCACGAAUUCAUGUCAUCAAAAAGAAAGAAUCCUCAUCGAGCAAGGCCGACGAAGCUUCGAGAGAUCUCGAGUCAGAUACGACUAAUGCCGAGUCCAAGCAAUUUGUCUUUCAUGAAACGGAAUUUAUAACCGUUACCGCUUAUCAAAAUCAACAGAUAACUCGGCUCAAAAUUGAUCGAAAUCCAUUUGCGAAAGGUUUUCGCGACUCUGGGCGGAUAAGGGAUGCAAUGGACGAGUUAAUGCAGGCUUACUCUUGCUGGCGACCACCAAUAAGGCAUCUUCCAUUUCCCGAUUACAACGCAAAUGACUUUACCUAUACACAAGAUAUGAGAACAGGAGCAGAAGAACAAUCUCAAAUACAACCAUUCAGCGGAAGUUUCACAACUGCACAAUGUGUUUCGACAAACACUACCCCAGUCUCUUACCCUUCCUCCUCAAUGGUGUACCCGGCGUCCAACUACCCCCCUGUUGCUUAUAAUGGCUUCGGUAGUGCAUAUGGAGGGUACCCACCUAUGACGCAUGCGCACAUGCCAAAUGUGCAGCACUCGCCUCAUUACAACACAUGUGCCUACCCAGCGCAGCAUAACCAGCCUUCUAGAUACCACGCCACCACAGUACCAGCUAACGUCCCCAUGAACUAUGGUUACCAUGGAAACCAAGUGAUGACCAACGACCCAACUAGUCAAUCAUCUUAUGUACAAUAAUCAUUACUAAAGAAGUGUUUUUGCUCAUUGUUACCUUUAUAAAACAGUCAUGAAAACAGGGAUUGUCAGGAUCUACAUAUAGAAUUAGCUAGGUCAAGUACAUAAGGGGCUUUUUCUUUAUAUGCAUAGCCGUUCAGAGGGGGUGGGGUGGGGUGGUGGUCUGUUUGCUUAGCACACGUAAGGACUUAGGGGUCCGUUAUGAAGAAAGGAGCAAAGGAAAGAGAAACGAAAGCUUCAAAGUGUGACCAUUGCACAAAGAGCCUGGAUGUUUGAUUGUAGCUCAGGCCUGUUAAUUUCUCUGAAAAGCCCUGCCUUUAUGAGUAAACUGUUUGUAAUAUAAUUUUUCAAAAUAGAAUCACAAUAGCCGGUAAUUAUUUAGAAAUAGAGUUUUAUAAAAAAGGCUGACGGAUUUCAGAUAACACAGCUUAUGUCCUUUUCGCUGCUUUGCACAUAAAACAGGGAAUGUAAAUAUGCAUUCUGCCAAUAUUUUGUAAAAUUUUGAACUUAUAAUUAGUAAUCUUUGAAAUAUUUCUUUAAUUAGCUUACUAAAAAGUAAAAUGAAAAGUUUACAAACUUGCCAUGAACUCCAUCGUUAUGCUUUUCUGCCUGUACAUUACAGAGAGGCCAAAGUUUUUUGUGGUGUGCUAUUAAAGAAAUUUGUAGAACGUGUAAAAUGAGGAGAGGGGUCUUGGAUGACUUGAAUGGGCGCUGUCCUGAGGCUACGUGAUUCCACAGCUUAGAGGCGUCUAUUGGAUUAGAUUUAACGUUAUUUUUUGAUAACUCGUCAUGUAAACUGUGACGUUUUUAAAGACCUUGAGAGCGCAAGAGUAACGAGGCAUAUGUAAUUAAUAUAAAACAAGCGCCUCUUAAUGAUCUAGAGGAAGCUCUUCCUGAAAUAUAUUGAUUAUUUAUUUUA